AUGGGGAGCUAUGCAGUUUGCCAACCUCCAGAAAUGGAGCCACUGGAGCCUGGCGAAUGGGCGGAGUUUGUGCUCGUUGUUAGGAAUGUGUCAGGAAACGUCGAUCAGUGGGUAUACGAAUGGGAUCUCAGCAAUAAGUACAAUCAGAAGUUCGGCAAGAAGUUCAAGGAAAGAGACAUUGGAAAUGACAUCAUUAAAGGCCCACCAAACAGCCCCAUUCCGCCUAUUGCCUACUACAUUAUUAAAAGAACACCGUAA